GAGAGAAAACAAAAAUAUGGGUAGCGGAAAAUAAAUAGUAGCCCACUCCAAUUCUCGUCGCACCAAUAGAGUAAUUCAACUGCCCCAAAUUGCUCUCGACUUUUUAUUCUCGGAUUAGCGUUUGUGCUUUCGCAUCAGAGAAUCUCUCAGUUCUUCUCAAUUUAGGUCAUCAGAUCUCACAAUCAAUCGACUCGAACUCAAAUCUCACUUCAUCAAUCAAAUCAUGACUCUUGGCUCAGGAUCGAGUGUUGUCGUUCCGAGGAAUUUCCGGUUGCUGGAGGAGCUUGAACGUGGAGAGAAAGGUAUUGGAGAUGGAACUGUGAGCUAUGGAAUGGAUGAUGGAGAUGACAUUUAUAUGCGCUCUUGGACUGGCACUAUCAUCGGUCCUCACAACACUGUACAUGAGGGUCGGAUUUAUCAGUUGAAGCUCUUCUGUGACAAAGAUUACCCUGAGAAACCUCCGACUGUUCGGUUCCAUUCGCGUAUCAACAUGACUUGUGUCAACCAUGAUACCGGCGUGGUGGAUUCAAAGAAGUUUGGGGUUCUUGCAAACUGGCAAAGACAGUACACAAUGGAGGACAUACUGACUCAAUUGAAGAAGGAGAUGGCUGCAUCGCAUAACCGGAAGCUUGUUCAACCUCCCGAAGGAACUUUCUUCUAAUACUCUCAAAGCCUACCUUUGAGGGGCUUCUCCAUUGUUGGUCUUCAAGCUUUUCUUUCGUACCUUAAAGUAAAAACAAUGGUGUCUGUCGAUGAAUGAUGAUGUUCGAUUGAUCAUCUGGAGUUUAAAUCCUUGUGUGCAAAUAUAUCUAGACAACGCUGUCUCACGACUUCAUCUUCUCAGUUUAGAUAUAAUAUGGGAAACAACCUUCUAGAAUCAAAAACAGCGUUGUUUGGCUUUACAUGUUAGCGAAUCGUUUAAAUGUUUGAUUUUUACUUCGCUUUUAUUCGACCUGAACUCUCCUAUUGUGUUCACAUUUGAACGCAAUUCAUGCAAGAAAUGUCAAAAGAUUACCCUGU